AUGGAGAAUUCUCUCUUUCAGCUGAGCAGCAUUAGUGACUACUGGAUGAGCCUCAGCUCCAUUGUCAUGGCCAAGGACAUGAUCUUUGGUGUUAUGUGUGGAGCAGGGCUCUUCUUGCUACUGAUCCCCUUCCUGAAGAAGUACUCAGCAUCACCACCACCUGGGAGUAGAAAGAACCCCCCAAAGUCAAGCAGAGAGACAGCUGAGAGGAACUCUCCAGAAACAGCAGCACCUCAUCUGCAGGGGCUGGAAAGUGGCAGAGAUGGCAGAAAGAAUGUGGAAGAGACCCAGAACACAUCACGACCUGUGGAAAUCCCCAUCAAGGAUCCUUUAUUGGACUCCAUGUCAUUCCCACCUUGGACCACUGAUAAGAAACUGGAUCAGCUUCCCCUCUCUCAGCUGUUGUCUUACUUCAAGUUCGUCGAGAAUCUUAUACAGAGGAAAUUUAGCCAGAUUUUCUGGGGCAUGUCCUCCAUGCUCUCUGAGUCAGCGGUGGCUUCUGCCUGGGUCUCCAAGAGACCUAAAACCGUGAGGUUCAGUGAUGCAUGUGGUCCUUUCCCAGCUCUCCCCAUGGCUCAAGGACCUCCACAGAUUUCCCAGACCCAGCCUUUGCCCCACCAACUUGUGACACCAAGCUUAGCAGGUUUGACAGAGACCCAGACACUGGGCAAUCACCUAAGCUCUACAGCAAACCAAAUACUUUCUUCAUCCACAAGUAGUAUCACUGUAAAACCAUGUUCUACCUGUGAGACAAAGAUAUGGGCAUCCCUCCCGAUUGAAAACCAGCCCUGGCAGCAAGGUCUGGAGUGGAAUGACACCAUAGACUCUAAUGUACAAAAUCAGCAAGCAGGCAUUAGCUGGCCCACUCACAACUUGCCCAAUGGCACCCUGACCACUGAACCUGUCAGGUCAGCCUCCAUCCUUCCUGAGAAUUGUCAGUUCCUCCAGCACCAUAAGGGGACACAGAGUGAAGACAAGGUGACUGAGGUGAGAGAAAUACGAGGCUCCCCCUUCACGGUCCUCUCGUCCCCGGAACUGACACAGCUGUGGGGACAUUUCCCAGCCAACAGUCCCUGCCAGCCCAAGAACAAGCCUGGACUCCCAAAGCCUGCCCAGCCCUCCAUCCUCGACUCCAAAAGCUGCAAGCUGAGCCAGAUGAUGGGGUCUGUGCCCUCGGUGAUGCCCUUAAAGAAGUCAGAAGCAUGUGACAUGCCCGACCCCAUCAAAAAGGGCCCCGGUUUAAGUGCCAAUGACUUUCCUUGCACAUCAAGCAGCAGCCCUGGGGAAGGCCUGGAACCCAGAAAGCCUGCACUGAGGACAGAUCAACAGUCCUAUGUGAACACUGUCCAGGACCUUUCCUUCCUCGACCCAAAGACUCAGAUGAAGCUGGAAUCAAACAUCACGCAGCUUCCUAUGAAACAAAGAAGGAGACCCACCUCUGUUUCUAAGGCUGAAUACUAUUCCAAGGCUGCCAUGGUCUUAGAAAAAUUGCAUCACCGAGAUCCAGGAGGGACAAGGGUAGAAACUGUGUCAACUGCCAGGCUGCAGAGUCCUCUGCUUGCACACUCACCUUCACAGGUUCAGGUGAUACAGAGAGCCCCUCCACCAGCUGCCAGCCAUGGGCCGUCCAAGGCCCAUCUAGAUAUAGGGAAGAGCUACCUGAGCACUAAGACCAGGGCUUUCUGCUUCCAGACAAGAACCCAGCAGAGCAGGACUGUCCAAGAGAUUGGAAGAAGCAGCGUGCAACCAAGGACCAGCCCAAGAAUUUACAAACCUGCAGCAUGGAUGAAGUUUGAGAACAUGGCCUCAGGACAUCCCUGCUGGAGUGGGACAAUGCUGGACCCUCAAGAAAGGAUCCCACCUUCAGUGGUCAAACAAAUCAAUAGGUCGAAGGAGAAAGAAGGGACUCCUCCUGUAUGGAAAGAGAGUCUGGAAUCCAUGGAGUUUCCCAGUAGCCAAGUCAUCAAUAUCUAUCUCAGGGACUUUGAGUCUACAGAGGCCAAUAGAAGUCCAGGCCAUUUCCAAACACCCACUCCAAGGCACUCAGGAGACUCAGCUCUAAAUGCACAAGUAUAUAGUGAGACUGACUUCAGAUCAAGCAAGCAACCACAGUCCUGGUCCGUGGACCAUUGUUCAGACAGCUCCAGUUCAGUGAGCUUGCCUUCAGAGCACCUGUUUCCCAUCUUCAAGUAUAGAACCAAAAAACCCAAGACUUCCCAGAGCCUGGGUCAUGUCUUUGUGAGGAGGGAUCACAGCCAGGAGACCCAGGACUUCAGAUUUCCCAAGGAUAAAAUUCAAGCAACGAAUCACAAGGUGUUUCAUCCCAAUGAAGAGAGGGGAGAAUUUUUGAGAUCCAGAGCCAAAAGCCAGGGGGAAAGGCUUGGGGAAGGGCAGUCAUCCCAAGCCGAGGGCCUUAAUCCCUCUACCCAGAUCAAGGACACAGCCAAAACGGAGUGUCAGCCCUCCCUUGAUAUGCCAGGAAAGGGACAGGCUCUGCCAGAAAGUUAUCUGAAGAAUAUCAUAAGGAUUAUUCUACAAUAUCUCGACCUCAGCACAAAAGACAAGGGGCAGAAGGAUUCUCUGAAGAAAGAAAGCUCCCCGCCAUCAUCUACGAUGACCCAGGAGGAGUCAGACAUAAAAGAAAAGCUCAUCUACAGCUUGGCAACUGAAGUGCAAUCUCUCAUGAACAUUGUCGUACAGCUCCUGGUGAACUGGCUGGGCCUUAAGGUAGGGCACCCAUCAGAGGCACAAUGGUGUAAAGCGGAACCACUGAUACCCCAGCUGAGAGACUCUUUUUUUCAUUUUCCUGAGGGCAUCUACAAACCAAAGAACAGCAGACCAGAGAAAAUGAGCUCUGGUCCCCACACCAGCCCCAUGGCUCAGAGCCACACAUUCAGGAACAAGGUGAUCGGGGACAAACAUGAGUCAGGUAUUGCUACCCGGGAAACCUGUGUUCCACAUCAGAACAGCGUGAAGAGAGGAAUGGGCUGUGAACAACCGCGCAGUCCCAGUGGAAACAUGUAUAGGGGAAUUGGAGAUGGACCGCCAUCAGGCAUUGCUACUGAAACUGCCUGUGAUCCAGGUCAGAAUAGAAUGGACUGUGGUUCCCAUACCAUCUCCCAGGAGCACAGCCAUCCAUUUACAUACAGAGAAACUGGAGAGUAA